GUCAAGUGCGCUGAUUGGCUGCGCUGAAGUUCCGGUUUUGGAAGCCUGGCAGUGACAGGAGCGCAGCGCAGUGCAGGCUGGGAAAUGCCGCGGUACAGUACUGGGGAUGCCCCCGGGGGCCACAGCUCCCCCUAUAAACCGGUAAUGAACGGAGUACACAAGACCGAGAGCGGGGGCCUGAAAAACGGAUACAGGGGAGCCCUGGAUGGAAAGUUUCUCAAUGGAGUCCUGUAUAAGAGACCCUUCAAUGAGUCGUUUGAGGAGACCCCCAUGUUUGUGGCCGUUCUCACUUACAUGGGCUAUGGAAUCCUUACUCUGUUUGGCUACCUGCGGGAUUUCCUCAGGGCAUGGAAGAUAGAAAAAUGCCACAAUGCCACAGAGAGAGAUGAUCAAAAGGAUUUUGUGCCCCUUUAUCAGGACUUUGAGAAUUUCUACACACGCAAUCUGUAUAUGAGGAUCCGGGAUAACUGGAACAGGCCUGUGUGCAGUGUCCCAGGAGAACGGGUUGAUGUUUUAGAACGAUAUACAGAUGAUUACAACUGGACGUUUAAGUUCACAGGCCGGGUGAUAAAGGGCGUGAUUAACAUGGGCUCCUAUAAUUACUUGGGCUUUGCACAGAACCAAGGUGUCUGUGCGGAAAGAUCGGCGCAGGUACUGCAUCAGUACGGUGGUGGAGUGUGCAGCACCCGGCAGGAAAUGGGAAACUUGGAUAAGCACGAGGAAUUAGAGGCCCUUGUUGCUCGGUUCCUGGGCGUCGAAGCUGCCAUGACAUACGGCAUGGGCUUUGCCACAAAUUCAAUGAACAUUCCAGCCUUGGCAGGCAAGGGCUGCCUAAUUUUGAGUGAUGAGCUAAACCAUGCUUCUCUGGUUCUGGGAGCUCGGCUCUCAGGGGCCACAAUACGGAUUUUCAAGCACAACAACAUGCAGAGUCUAGAGAAGUUACUUAGAGAUGCCAUUGUGCAGGGACAGCCACGCACUCACAGACCCUGGAAGAAAAUCCUGAUUGUGGUGGAAGGAAUUUACAGCAUGGAGGGUUCCAUUGUCAGACUUCCCGAAGUAAUUGCUCUGAAGAAGAAGUAUAAAGCCUACCUUUAUCUGGACGAGGCACACAGUAUUGGGGCAUUGGGUCCAACUGGGCGAGGUGUUGUCGACUACUUUGGUUUGGACCCCAGAGAUGUUGACAUCAUGAUGGGAACAUUCACCAAGAGCUUCGGUGGUGCAGGUGGAUACAUUGGAGGCAGCAAGGUUCUUAUAGACUACUUACGAAAACAUUCUCACAGUACGGCGUACGCUAUCUCUAUGUCACCACCAGUGGCAGAGCAGAUCAUCACUUCCAUGAAGUGCAUUAUGGGUGAAGAUGGCACCAGUCUUGGCCAAGAACGUGUGCGGCAGUUGGCAGAAAAUACACGUUAUUUCCGCCGAAGACUCGCUGAGAUGGGAUUCAUCAUCUAUGGUAACAGCGACUCUCCAGUAGUUCCACUAAUGCUGUAUAUGCCAGCAAAAAUCGGAGCGUUCGGGCGGGAGAUGUUGAAGAGAAAUAUUGGGGUUGUGGUAGUGGGUUUUCCAGCGACCCCAAUCAUCGAGUCCAGGGCUCGCUUCUGUGUGUCUGCUGCACACACUAAAGAAAUGCUUGACCUGGCUCUACGAGAAAUCAGUGAAGUUGGGGACUUGCUGCAGCUAAAAUAUUCUCGGCAUCAUUUUGUGCCAUUGCUUGAUCGGCCCUUUGAUGAGACCACAUAUGAGGAAACAGAGGACUGAUACCUGCAGGAUGCGAUAUUAGUGUAAUCAUACACCCUUAUGAUUGCAGCUGGAGAGAGACACCUUCCUGGGGGAUGUUUUAUAUAUGUAUUAUUUCUUCUAUUUUUUUUUAUAUAUAUAUUUAUAUAUUUUCAUUUAUUUUCAACGCGACCUGUGACGACUCCAAAUUUUCAAGUCUGAGGCUACGUUCCCCAUCUAAUCUCUUGCGAGAAAAUUGAACUUUCUUCACCGCACUUAAACAUAGCUGUUACUGGUCACAGUGUGUAGAAUGGGUUCGUCCAAGGAAUAAAUGUUGGUAACAGCACAGGUGCUAUUUAAUGUGCUGUGUACAAGGGAGGCUGAUGCUGUGAAUGUGUGCUCAGGGAGAGGCUGAAACUGUUUGUGUGUGAGGCUGGCAAGUUGAGAGAGACAAAGGGUUUGCUGGUGGCUCUCAAAAGAUUUCUGUGUCUGAAGAUUUUUGUCUUCCGCACUUCAUAUCAAGGUCUAUGUUUCCACAGCAUAUGCCACUUUCGGACCCUAUACUCGAUGAUAUUCAUUUGUUAAUUUCCAGGACCUUCUCAUUUCAUUGUCCCUAAAACAUUGCCCACUUGUCUUGGAGAAUAGGGUUACUAUGAAUAUAUCUUUAAAAUUAAAUAGAUUAGGUCAAUAAAGCCAAGUUGGAAAAAUAAUCUCAUUCCUGAUCAUAUCGUUGUUUUUUGCUAACCUUUAAUCAUCUCACAACUUGAGUCAAUCCUGUCCAUUUAUUUUUUGGAUAAAUUCUAACAUGGGGCAUGAACUUCAAUCUGUCAAUUACUAAAUUAUCUUAAGGAAGAGCUGAAGGUUCUCCAAGUGAUGGCUGUUUUUAGGGUUAAGAGAUCUGUAUGGAGGGCCAACCAGACGAUUUUUCAGAAAACAAGAUUUUGCUCUACACAUGUGAGAUUUUCAGGGUAUCUCUCUAUCUGCGCAUGGCAGUCUAUUCUAAGAGUGACCAUUAUAAUAGUCAUCCAUCUUUUACUGAACUGUUUUUAACAUGUCUGCACAUGCAUUUGCUGGUGUGUGAUCUAGGAUGAGUGGUACAGCAGUAAGCCUGGGAAUAGGGACCAAUAUUUUAGUCACAUGAUGAGUGGAAGGAUAAUAGAUUUAACCAAUACUAGUUACCAAUCAAAAUUCUAACUUUUUAAAUAAAACAAAAUGCUGCCCUGGCUUUACCUUAAUGUACAAUACUGUUCUUUUGAGUAAAUCCACUCUGUGCAGACAAAAGGGUGGCCGACGGGUGCCAUGCAGGCUGGAUAGAGUGACUGGAAGGCACUGUGAUGUUCAGCUUGCUUUGCCUCAUUUGAGUCUAGUUUUAUUCUGUGCUCCAAACCUAUAAAAUGGUCUUAAAUUGUGAUUCUUUUUGGCAUGAAGUACAAACAAACUGACCGUAAAGAAUACAGACUUUGUAAAAUGUAUUAAUUCUCUUUACAACAUUUUUGUUACUGUUUUUUGAAAAACACACUGUGUAAACUCCACCAUCUGCUCAUGAUUGAUCUGCUUGGGAGCGAGUUAAAUUGUCCACUGCUAAUAAAUAAAAUCCAUUUAUUUUC